UGGUAACCCAAGCUUCCCUAGAAACCGAGGAGUCGCCGGCAGCAACCCGCCGACCCUCCCGCGACUGUCACUCCCGGGAUGCCGCUGCUGGUUAGCAAUUACAGCUGGCAGCAGACCAAGACUGCGGUCUUCCUCUCCUUGCCCCUCCGAGGCGUCUGUGUCAGAGACGCGGACGUGUUCUGCACCGAAAACUAUCUCAAGGUGAACUUUCCUCCAUUUUUAUUUGAGGCAUUUCUCUAUGCUCCCAUAGACGAUGCAAGCAGCAAAGCAAAGAUUGGGAAUGACACUAUUGUUUUCACUUUGUAUAAAAAAGAAGCGGUCAUGUGGGAGACGCUUUCUAUGUCAAGUGUGGACAAAGAGAUGAUGCAGAUAAUAAGAGAAAAAUCUAUUUUACAAGCACAGGAGAAAGCAAAGGAGGCUACAGAAGCAAAAGCUACAGCAAAGCGAGAAGAUCAAAAAUAUACACUAAAUGUCAUGAUGCAGAUUGAAGAAGAAGAGAGGAAGAAGAUAGAAGAUAUGAAAGAAAAUGAACGAAAAAAAGCAACUAAAGAAUUGGAAGCCUGGAAAGAGUGUCAAAGAAAAGCUGAAGAACGAAAAAGAAUUCAGAAAGAAGAGAAAUUACAUCAACAAGAAAAGCAAAUUGACGAAGAAAGAAAAAAAUUAAGACAUAAAAAUCUCACUAAAAAUUCAACAUCUAAAAAUCUUGCCACAAAAGAGAGAAAUUCAGAAAAUAUAUUUUUGGGGAAGUUAAAGGAAGACUGUAUUCCUGCACCUCGAUCUGUUGGAAAUAUUAAAAUCAACUUCACCCCUCGAGUAUUCCCAACUGCACUCCGUGAAUCAAAAGUAGCAGAAGAAGAGGAGUGGCUACAUAAACAAGCUGAGGCACGAAAAGCGAUGAAUACUGAUAUUCCUGAAUUUUGCGACUUAAAAGAAGACGAAAAGAACCCAGAAUGGUUGAAGGAGAAAGGAAACAAAUUGUUUGCAACAGAGGACUAUUUGGCAGCUAUUAAUGCAUACAAUUUAGCCAUAAGACUGAAUAACAAGAUUCCUCUAUUAUAUUUGAAUCGGGCUGCUUGCCACCUAAAACUAAAAAACUUACACAAGGCCAUUGAAGAUUCUUCUAAGGCUCUGGAGUUACUGACACCACAUGUUGCAGACAAUGCUAAUGCAAGAAUGAAGGCACAUGUACGACGUGGAACAGCAUUCUGUCAACUGGAAUUGUAUGUAGAAGGCCUACAGGAUUAUGAAGCUGCACUUAAGAUUGAUCCAGCUAACAAAAUUGUGCAAAAUGAUGCUGAGAAGAUUCGGAAUAUAAUUCAAGGAACAGAAUUAAAAUCUUAAUGACUUCAAGAAGCGACUAGGUGCUAGCAUUAGGUAUUAUUUUAUGUUUUUCAAAAAUAACUGGAGAGACUAGGACUAUUUGUACAUAUUAUGGCUGAUUGUGCAUACUCUUUAGUACUCUUUGUGAAGAGGGGAAAAUAUUAUAAAUCUACAGAAAAAGAAAUGUUUGCUUUGAAUCAUUUUUGAAUAAGUAAAUCAAAAUAAGAAUAAUCUAUUUUAAUAGUUUGCUUCCUCACAUUAGCAGGCAAUUUAUACUUUUUAAAAAACUGAAUUAUACUUGUUCUUUUAACAAAAUUGUUUGACUCCAGAACACUUACUGAUUUUUAAUGUUUAACAAGGUAGAAUUUGUUUUAAAAAGUUUGUGCUUAGUUGGUAUUUUUGUUUUAUUAAAAAUACUAUUUCAUUGUCUGAAUGAUUGCUUUGGUGUAAUAAAUAUUGAUAUGUUUUUUAGUUAAUUUCCAAAUGCUCAGAAACUUAUUUUUCUUUAAUACUCUACUAUCUGCUGUUUGAGGUUAGACUAAUUCAGCCCUGGUAAAACAAUUACUUGAAAAACCUUAUCCUCAACUUUAGUUAUAGGCUGUUGUCAAAAAACAAAAUUAUAACAGAUUUAGCUUACAGAUCUUGUUUGACUUUGUUUUGUACUUCCAGUGUUGUUCCAACUGGACAACACUUCAUUUCUUAAAAUAGAAUAAGUGUUCCAGUGAGCUGAGCAGAAGAGGUUGGUUUUAUAAGCACAGAAGAACUAAAGAAAGCAGAAACAGAACAAAGUUAUCUUCCUUAUAAUGUGCGCACAGGGAAACAGAACAAUAGGAAAGUAAAAGAUUGGUUAUCAUCUAGUUAUUUCAGGUUACUGGUUUUGUUACUGAAAGCUUGGUCCUUGUCCUGGAUGCUAACAAGUACAUGGUUUUGAGAAAAAGCGGGGGAAAAGGUUGUUGCUUUGCUGGAUGCUAACAAAUACAUGGUUUUGAGAAGAAGGGGGGAAAAAAAGGGUUAUUGCAUUGCUAAUAUAGGAAAAUCGCAGAGGACUCUGCCCCAGAGGCUGUGAUUCUGCCCUUCAAGGGAAACAGAGGUUUUUUAAAUAGGUGACUCCAAGGCUACAUUCCUGUUCUCUGUAGAGUUGUAAUUCAUUUGUUAAUUUGGGAAGUAGUCAUUUCCCUGAUCUUUUGGUACCAUCCUCAAAGUCUGAAUUAGUUCCCAAGGUGGAUGUGUGCUCAAGGACAGGUUAACUGUCUAGGAUGCGGAAGAAAGAUAAUCUUGUUCUUCCCCUUCCCUGAGAUUGGAGAAGGGUAGAGAUUAGGGAGGAGCCGGGGGGAGAGGAAGAGAAACAAGUACAUUUAAAAAAUUAACUGCAGCGGCUUAUAUUCAAAGCAUGAAGUGGACCACUGUUACACUAUCUCUAGUGAGAAGUAACCCCUUAGUCUUGUGUCUUAAUAUUUAUAGAAGACAGGCACAGUCAUGUACACAUGUGAUCCAAGUGAUUUGUGAGGCUGAGGCACGAAAAUCCCAAAUUUGAGGCCAUCAGGGCAAUUUAGUGAGACCCUGUCUCAAAAUAAUUUGUGUUGUACCUCAAAGACAGAAUGCUUCUGAGUUCAGCCCCCAUUUCUACCCUCUCCACACACAUAAAUUAUAGAGGACAGUAGCUAGGGAGUGAGGUGGAGUCAGGAUGGGGUCACACAGUUUGACACCAGUUUUCUUUGUCCUUGGCAUAUUGUCCUCACACAGGCUACUUUCUGUGGACAAGGAUGUGGCUGGGUCUCUGAAGCUGCUUGUUUUGCUUUCCAAAGGUUUAUUUCCAGCAUACUAAUGGCCAACUAUUCCUGGGGGCUUCUCUUUUUAAGUUCAGUAUUUAAAAAAAAAGAAAUUCUAUCCAUAAAUUCCUGUCUCAGGGUGAGAUUUUUAUAGUUUUUGAUCACCUGAUGCUGUCAUUUGAAUGGAUCAUAAAACAGCUGUAUUUUUUUUUUAAACAGUAGUAUCUUUUAAAAUGUACCUUUUAUGGUGGGGUGUGGAAAGGCUAAAAUGAUAGAAUUUCUCUCACAGUUCUGAAGGCCAGAAAUCAGAAAUGAAAGUAUUGUUAGGGUCACAUUCUCUUGGAAGGAUCUGGGGAAGAAUAAUUUGCUGGGAAAGAUUUUGAUUUAGCUUUAUCUUCUCAAGUCAAGUCAAUUCUGAUCUCCUUGGCCUCAACUUGAGCAGUUCUAUGUCUGAAAUAUUUUGUACAUACAUUGCAUAAAUUGUCACGUCAUUAAUUUGCUAAUUUCCUUCACCCCAAAUUGUAUUAACUGAAACAAUUUUAAAAGCCA